AUGAAGGAAAUUGCCGAGGCUUAUUUACAGUCAACAAUUAAGAAUUAUGUCUCUGCAGUCCCUGCAUAUUUCAAUGAUUCUCAAGGACGGGCAACAACAGAUGUGGGUAUGAUAACUGAUCUAGAGCAACAAGUUUUGAUGGGAUCGAAAUGGAGAGCAGGGAUACCACAGUGCAUGGCUGUGCCGAUUGGACUUCACGGGGGAGAUUGUUGGGUGGGAUUGUUUAUCUGCACCAUGCAACCUCCUCUGGCUGUGUAUAAAAUGGCUAUUGACAAGCUAAAUGGUGGAAGUUUCAACUGCGGAGGAACUAAAGAGAGUGGGGGUGAAAUUCAAGAAAUUGGAAGGUAG